AUGGCCGACCUCCUUCAGAAAGUGCCAAUGCCGACCCUGGACCGGCCUUUUGGCGUCCACCUCUGGCCUAUCUUCGACAAGGCGUACGAGCAGGUCAUGGGAUACCCUGCCAGCCAUUUCCAGUUCAUUGAGGGUGUGACUCCCAUGUCCACCUUCAAGGAGACCGCGACCAUGCUGGUUGUGUACUACAUUGUCAUCUUUGGUGGUCGCGAGGUCAUGAAGAACUUCUCGGCUCUGAAGCUCAACACCCUGUUCAUGAUCCACAACUUCUUGCUCACUGCUAUCAGUGCAAUUCUCCUCGCGCUGUUUGUGGAGCAGCUUCUGCCCACACUCGUUCGCAACGGUGUCUUCUACACUAUCUGCGACCACCGUGGUGGAUGGACCCAGCCUCUGAUCAUUCUUUACUACCUGAACUACAUCAACAAAUACGUGGAGCUUCUGGACACUGUCUUCCUUGUCCUCAAGAAGAAGCCUCUCACUUUCCUCCACACCUACCACCAUGGCGCUACUGCUCUGCUCUGCUACACUCAGCUGAUUGGUCUCACUGCCGUUCAAUGGGUGCCUAUUACCAUCAACUUGCUGGUUCACGUGGUCAUGUACUGGUAUUACUUCCAGAGCGCCCGUGGUAUUCGCAUUUGGUGGAAGAAGUACAUUACCAUGCUGCAAAUUGUUCAAUUCGUCAUUGAUCUUGGCUUCAUCUACUUCGCCUCCUACACCUACUUUGCCUCGACUUACUUCCCCUGGGCUCCCAAUAUGGGUCAGUGCGCCGGCGAGGAGUUCGCUGCCUUCGCUGGUAUUGGUAUCAUUACUUCCUACCUGCUGCUCUUCAUCUCCUUCUACAUCGCAACCUACAACAAGGCUGCCAAGGUUGGUCGUCCUCGCAGCAACACUGGCAAGAAGUCUCUGAUCGACAUGAGAAACUUCGAGAUCCCUUCGCCUGCUGGUACCCCUUCUGCCACUGCCAAGGACUCCAAUGGCUCCGCCACCUCGACUGGUCGCUCCAACGGCCCCGUCACCCGUUCGCGCAAGGCUUAA